AUGGCAUGCGUUGAGAGUCAACCACCACCUUAUCUUGUCUCUUCUUUGCUGGAAGAGCCAAGGAGUGGUGGUGGCGGAGGAGGAGAAUGGGUGGUAGUGUGUGGAGGUGGCAGUGGAGGAGAUGAAGUGUCGUGUUUUGAAUUGACAGAAAUGGCAUUGAGUUGGAAAGAGUUAACGGGCCAAGUCAUAUUUCCAUCUUCUGCAUCUGCAUCUGCAUCUGCAUCUGCAUUAAAUGAAAUGCUGUCCACUCGGAGGAGAUCAUGGGGCAGGAAUUUGGGCAGUGCUGGUUUUGGUUCAGCAUGUAAACAUGGAGCAGGAGGUGGUAGUGGCGGAGGAGGAGAAUGUGCUGGCGCUGGUGCUGGUGCUGGUGCUCGUGCUGGAACUGGUGAGGCAGAUGGUGGCGGGUAUGGUGGAGGUGUAGGUGGAGGAGAUGAAGUGUCAUGA